UGCAGAGAGAGAGAGAGAGAGAGAGAGAGAGAGGCAGAAAGAGAAAUCCAGGGUAGCUUGGGUCAUUAACAAAGACACAAACAGUUGAAGGGCAGCAGUAAUCUCUGAAGGCGACGCCGCUGCUCAGCGUUAUUGCUGCCCGCCCGGGUCCCAAACCCUGGUUGUCAGGGGAUACCUCUCCAUGGAGACACAGUCCCAUAGGCAGGGGAGGGUUUUGGGAGAGAGGAGACCCUCACCUUGAUGGAGCAAUAAGCCAAAGAGAGAGGAUGAGGAGGUUGUAGCAGCAGAGAGGUCACCUGUGGAGGAGCCAGUGGAGUGGAUAGCAACAGGAGGAAAGAAGGCGGAGGCGGAGGAGGUGGAGGAAGUGAGAGUUAACUUCUCAGGAUGGGGUAUGAUCUUGAGAGGUUUGUGGGCUAUGUGAAUGAGGGUCUGCUGUGCUGUGUGUGCCGAGACGUGUUGGAGCGCCCCCUCCAGGCGCCCUGCGAACAUGCCUACUGCAGCGCGUGCAUCAGCAGCUGGCUGGUCCAUCACCACUCCUGUCCUGAGGACAGACAGCCGCUGGAUGUGGGGACUCUCAAACCCCUGUACAGGUACAUGCGUAAUGACCUGAGCCGUCUGCAGAUCCGUUGUGUGAACGCGGCCCAGGGGUGUGACGUGGUCUGCUCCCUGGAGGGCCUGCACACACACGAGGAUGAGUGUGAGUUUGCCUUCAUAUCCUGCUCCAACACAGGUUGUCCCGUGCAGAUAGAGAGGCGAGGUUUGGAGGCCCACUUGUCAGAAUGUAACUUCUGCAGCAGAGAGUGUCCCAACGGCUGUGGUCACACACUUCUCUCCACCGAUCAGUCACAACACAACUGUGUGGCAGAGCUGCGCACAGAGGUGGAGCUGCUCAGGGCGGAGAUGCUGUGUAAGUUGGAGGAGGUGCGACGAGAGAUGGAGUCUCGCUUGGACUCACAGAGGAGACACAUGGUGCAGAAAGAGUCCCAGCUGAAGAACGAGGUGGAGGAGCUCAAGGAUCAGUUGUCCCGUGUGAUGUGUGACAUGCGAGCCCUGUUGGGAGCAGAGCGUCUGAGGCGACAGGAGCAGGCCGAGGCAGAGCUGGAGAAGAGAGAGCUGCUGGAGCUCCUGAGAGACCUGCAGCCCAUCAAGACUCAGCAUCCGGUCGACCAGACAGCCAGAGAGCAGCAUCAGGGGGCGCAGCCGACACCCGGGUGGGAGCUACACUCUGACGCGACUAGACACCUGCAGAGGAAGGCGUCCUUACAUUCCUCCAGUCUGUCUCUGUAUUCGGCUCAGGCGAUGAAUGGGUCAGGUCCACCACCAUCCCCGCAGCUGGGUGAGGGGGGGCGCAAGGGUGGUACCCGGAGUCUGACUCUGGACUGCAUCAAGAGGAAGAACCGGGAGGUGACUGUGAUCUGAGGAGACUGGACUGAGCCAGAUCUGAUAAGAGGAAUUAUUUUUAUUUUAUAAGAGAAAUAUUUUGGCAACAAUUUGGAUGCAAUUACAUGCACUGUACUAAAGAGCACAGGAAGUUAUGUAGCCAUCUGGUAUGAUGACUUUUAGAUGUUUGUUUUUUUAAAUCAAAUGCGGGUGUAGAUUAGAAUUGAAAGACAUUGUUAUGCUGUGAACUGAACCACAUUGCAUUUUAAGGGCAGGUCUUUUUAUGUGUAAUUUUACAUCUGUCAAAUCUGUGGAUUUCCAAUUUAUAUGAAAAAAACAUUUAUUUUGUAGAGUUGUGUUCAGCUCACCCUCAUCAUAUUUGCAAACAGACCAUUUUGUAACAUCCCUUGUUUUUGUAUUCAUCAAGUUUCAGCUAAAUUUUUUUCCCAUCAAGUUAGUUUUCUUGAUCUCAGAACCAAAUUAUUCUUAUUUUCUUCAUCAUUGAUCCAUCUGAUAUUUUGUCCAUUAAAAUACUGGCUUCAUAAAAAAAAAGUGUAAACUAAAAUGUAUUAAAAAAAGAUGAAUAAAAAUAAGAAAAUUG